CCAAAUAGUGACAUUCCGUGCGGAGUUGUCGUCCGAAGCGGUCGGUUCAUUACGCUUGUACUGGGCGAACCGUCGGCAGUAGCGCCGGCGCCGCCGUCGGCGAUGGACCACGACGAGGACAGAUCUUUGUCCCUGGGGACGGAGGUCUCGGCCUCCGUGCCUCCACCGAGCCCCCUGACGGGAUGCUAUCUGCUCGCUGUCAUUGGGGAGCCCCAUACUGAUGAACACAAGGAGAUUAUCCUUCAGCGGCUCGUUAAAGGGCUCCUGUCAUGGGAUUCUGGCGAGCACCAGGUCGAUCUGGAGAAAGAACUGGCCACCCUCUCGGCUCAGGCACCCGAGGGGGAGGAAGCCAGAUAUGGCGAAAGAUUGAUCCAGUUCGCGUCCGAGAACCUCGUGACGGAGAUCCUGAUUCACCCACAGAUGAACACGCUAAUGCAGUGCAUGAGGAACCUGCUUAGCUCGUUCACUAGACACAGACAUCUUAUCCACGCUGGAUACACAUUUGCCGGCAAUGGAUCAUGGAUUAUGCAGGAUGGGACAUUUUCCCUAUCCGACUUUACUGACGCUUACCAAGAGAACGAAGUUCAGCGCGUUAUCCGCGCAUAUGAAAACUCGAUCUCCAUCGAUAUACACUGCUCGACCGGCGGUGGCGAGUGGCAGAAGCUACUUGAUACGCCAUUCGUCAAACACUGCAAGAUUAGAAUCAACCCCACCGAUAUACUCGACUCUGGCUCUCAAGCCAUCAAGGAUUUUAUCACAUACCUCGACCCUUACGUAGUGCCAGCAAGUCUGGAACAGCUGCUGGUCUCCAGCGACGUGGUUGGCAACAUUCGCUUCAGCCACCCAACCCUAUAUGUCUUCCCUGGAGGUCAGGGAGAUGCUGCAUUAUUUGGCAUCAAUGGAUUUAAUAUGCUCGUCGAUGGCGGCUUCUCUCGCAAGGCCUGCUGGUGGGACUUCGCACGUCACUUGGACAGACUCGACGCUGUAUUAUUUACACGGCUCAACAACUGCUCGGUGUCAGGCAUGGCUUCGGUGCUUCAUCGCAAAGCUACAGCAACUGUUUACCCACAAAUUGGUCAUUUCUUCUGUAACCUUGAAGAACGUCGCGGACUCGCUAGCCCCGAUGGUGAUAAAGACUCAGACCCUUUGCUAGUAUCACUCUUACAAUCUGGUUCUGACAUGAUGACAGACCUUCGACAUCUUAAUCUAAAACCACAGCAUUGCUAUCGAAGCCCUGAACCAAUUAAUUUGUACCACAAAGUUGGUCACGGGACCUUAGAUAUGUAUGUGCUUAAUCCGUCCAAGGACUCUAAAUAUGUUCGAGAGUUUCUAAAGAGGUGGCAUAACAGUGAACAAAAACUUUUUGAAGGGGCCAAUAUAUCUGGACAAUUCAAUUUUCCUAUUCCUAAUUUAGUAUCAAUAUGUGCAUUGUUAGUAUGGCGGCCGGCUAACCCUGACGAUACAAUUACAAGAAUAAUGUUUCCUGGGUCAACCCCACAGCACAAAAUUUUUGAAGGACUUGAAAGGUUAAGACAUUUAGAAUUUCUACAGCACCCUACAUAUACAGGCCGUCAAAUGCUACCUGUCUCAGUACCAUCUGCCACAAUAACUUCCACAAAAACAACAAAGCAACCUUCAACGAAAGUUAGUAAAGAAAAGAGUACUGUCACAGAAAAGAAAGAUGAUAAGGUUUCUGAGGUGGAUCAUUCAAAGUUAGCGAAAGAUGAAACAGAUUCUAAAAAUAUAAUCGACAAUAAAUUAUUAAGUGAACUAGCUGACACUGAAGAUAAAAAAAUUGAAUCAGUUUUAAAAGAUGCUAUAACUGCUAGAGUUGAUACAAAAUUAGACGAUAAAUUUGCUCAGUAUGAAAGCACCGUAAUAGAUGGUUUAUCAAAGAAGAAGGAUACAAAUAAAAAAGUCUUGGAAAAGAAAUUAAAACGUAUUGAUAAGGCUGAUGGAGUUAAAGAUACUAUUUAUAAAACUUCGGAAAUAAAGAAAUUAGAAACGGAUAGCAAAUUAAAAUCUGAACCUCGGAAAAAAACAGAUAGAAUGAAAAUUGAUACAAUAACAUCAUCAGUAGCUAAAAGUAAGGUUAGUCAUCGAGCACUACUCAAGACGGCUGAGAAAAAAUCAACAUUAAGUUCAAUAGACAAAAAAAUAAUCACAGAUGACAAAAAGUCUCCCCCUACAACACCAAAGAAAAUAAUAGAUACCAAAACCACUACAACAAUAGCAAAGGAUAAAAUUAAGAUAAAAACAAGAAAAGUAAGUCCAGGGAGCACUCCUGCUAAAAGCAUGAAAGAAGCAAAUAAUAGACGUGUAGUUGAAUCCAAAUACAAGCAAUCUUCAUCUCCUAAACGCGAUCUAACACAAAAAGUUUCCGAUAAGAAAGAUACAAAAACUAAACGUGAACCAAUUUCCCGUCGGCCAAGACCCUUAGCUUCGCCUAUCAAAGGAAUUAAAGCAUCAAAAAGUCCUACUAAGUCAAUUAAAUCUGUCAAAUCUGAUACUUCAAAGUUAAAAGGUCUUCAGAGAGUGAAUUAUGAAGACAUAUUAAAAGAUGCUAAAAAAUCAGAUGAAGAAACAUCAAGAUCUCUUGAUGACAUUAAGCAACAAGAGUUAGACGAGAGGGAAGAACAAGAAAUUGUCAGGGAAAUUGAAGCAGUUUUUAAUAGAGAUAGCGAAGCAGACGAAAAAAUUGAGUUUGUUGGAAGGUCUGACAUAGAGAAAAUUACUUGUUUAUUAGAUGACGUCAAAACUGAAACUACUGCUGAUGGUGAAUUUGAAGAAGAAUAUCUAAUUAUUGAAAAAGAAGAAGUUGACCAAUAUACGGAAGAAUCGAUAGCAGAUCGAGAUAGUAGUCAUGAUAAAGAAGAUGAAUUACAUAAACACGUAAAAGACAAAGAAGAAUCUGAAAAGCAAAAGAUUGAAAAAGAUGAUAUUGAGGCGGUCAAAAUAAAACCUGAAACGGUUACUGAAAAAGAAAGUAAAGAGAUCGAAUCAAAAGAUCAUUCUGUAAGUGUAGAAGAGAAACAAGAUAUAAGCAGUGAAAAGAAAACCUCUGAUAGUAAAAGUGGCCUUAUCAAACCUAAGGAUUCUCUUGAAAAUAUUAUACAAGAAACACACCUAGACGAAAAAAUAUCAACAACUGUUGAGUCUGGUGCUACAACUGCGCCUACUCUUCCCGAAGAUGAACGUAUAACGUUAGACGAGAUCAAGGAAGAUCAGCAUGUUGAAGAAAAAUAUAUUAAAGAAGAAACUAAAGAAAUCUUACCAACGCGACAUCAAAUUGACAUUCAAAAGCCGAUGUCUUUAGAAAAAAGUCCAAAAAUGACAACUUUACCUGCGCCUAUUAGAGAAAUCGUAAAAACACCGGAUGAAGUCGCAGACUUACCAUUACAUGAAGAAGUAGAUUAUCAAACAUACGAAGAGAAAAAAACACCAACUGAAGAUGAUUAUAAGCGUAGAAUAGAAAUUGGCUUAGAUCAUGUAAAAAUACCCAAAGACUUACCACUAGUUGAUAAAGAAACAGCCUAUAAAGAAACUAUUCAAGAUGUAAUUGUUAAAACUGUUCAACGUCCGUCUCAUGCAGAAUUGGUUACAGUUACACCUGGCUCUGCUCCAGAAUCCCCAAUGUAUCAUGAUCAAAUGAAGGUUACAUUAUUACCUGGGAAGGAUUUAAAAGCAGUCAAAGAGUAUGAAGGCUCUGCUUUUGACUAUGGUCAAUUUACAGAAAAAUUACGUGAAACUCAUAUUACAACGGUAGAUUCACCAAAUAAAGAUGACAUAAUUAUUAUUGAAGACAUUUCUUCAAUGCCUGAAAAAAUACCAUCCAUACCAGAAGAUGUAGAAAAAGAAAUAGAAGAAGCGAGUAAAUUAGAAGCAAUCGAUAAACCUUUACUUAGUCCGAAGGAUGUUGAGAAGAUCGUUGCAGAUGUAGCCGAAGUGUUAAAAUCUGAUAAAAGCUUGGAGGAACUAAUAGCUGAAAAAUCGCCGAUGCUGCGAAAAUCUCCAGAAAUAUUUAGCAAAAUAAAUAUUGGCGAUGAAGAGGCAAUUGAAACAACAUCAAUUUUCUUAAAAGAAGAAAGAGCAACUGAUGAACAAGUUACAAUUGCAUCAGGUAUUAGUGAACAGUUGAAAUCAGAUGGUAUAAAAGAAAGGGACAUCAAACAAAUACAACAUGUAUCAGAGAAGGAAAAGAAAACUCGAAAAGAAGUGUCACCUGCACGAUCUGUAACAUCUGAAGAUAUCAGCGAUGUUUCCGAUAAAACCGUUCUUAGUGAAGGAAAGAAAAUAAAACGCGAACGUAUGGACGAUAAAGACAGUUUAAUAAUGCAACAGGACUUUGAAAAAGUUACAUCUCAGGUCGAUUCUAUUGUAAAACCGGUCACAACCCAAAUUAACGGUUUUGCUGUUGACACACCUGCAACAAAAGACAAGAUUGAUUCUAUCAAUGUUUUAGAUGAACUUCCAGUAAUUGAAUCAAAUAAAAAUAUCACUGAUUUACAAAGUGACAAACGGCUAAGUGUCACCUUAGAAUCUGCCAAAACACUUGAAAAACUUGAAGAAAGAAUUGCUGAUCUAAAGAAAAAAGAGGAUCAAAAAGAAAUCACUGGAAGUUUAGAAACUAUAAGCCGUGAAAAACAACAAGAGAAACCGUAUCUCCGUAAGCAUUCGGAAAAAGAUAUAGUUAAACCGGAUAUUAGAGAAAAUAUUGCCAUCGAUUCAUCAAUCCCAACAACGGAACAAGAUUCACUCACUAAAGUUCUUGAAAAAGAACUUGUUUCUGAGGAAAAAGAGAAACUAGAAGAUGAUGUUGCUGACACGACAAAGCACGACGCCUACCAUAUACCUUUACAUAUCGAUGUUAAAAAAGAAUCCCCUCUUUUAACUCACAUAACUUCAAGAGAAUUAGAGAAAAUACCAAGUCCUGAUUUAAUACAAGACAUAAAAGAUACAACAAAGCCUAAUGAAUUUGAUGACAAACUAAAACAAAAGCCCAAUAUCGUUUCUGACAAACUUGAUGAAAAGCAAGUAAGUUUAGAAAAAGAUAUAAGGGAAUCUUUAACAGAUGAUGAAACAAAUAAAAAAAUCGAUGGUGAUGAAGUUAAACAAAUUAAACAAGAAGAGAAAAAAAAAGAAAGUAAAUCUAUGAUAAGUAGUUUUAUGAAUAAAUUUGAUGAAAAACUCACUAAGGCCAAAGGACUUUUUACAAAAAAGACUGAGAAAUCUCUCGAUGAAGGCAUUUUGUCUGAAAAACCAAUUGCAGAAAAAUCCGUUGAAGUCAAGAAAUUGAUGCAAGAAACAGAAAGCAAAAAAAUGUUAGAUUCUAUCAAAUUACUUGAAAAGUAUAUGAUAGCUUUACUUUCGUCUCAGAGAGAAAUUGAAGAAAUACUUCGUGAAUAUUCCGUACACGGUGAGCCAAGUGAUAAUUACGAUAUGAAAUCAGAAAACAUACAUGAAGAACAUAUUUUAAUCGUUCGGACAACUACCACAAGGGUGAUCAAAACAAAAUAUGCUGAUAGAUUUGGAAUAAUCAGAAAAUUAAAAACAAUCACAAUAACCACAAUAACCAAUAGCCGUCCUGAUGGAUCGUCGACUACUGAUAUAGACGGAAAUACAGUAUUAAGUGACAUUGACGACAAAAUUAUAUCUGAAAUAAGACGUUUUAACAUUAAAGAAGAUACUACAAUUGUCGAACAAAAUAUGAAAAGAGAAAUAAAAAUUAAUGAAAAAUUAAUUAUAGAAAAAUCCAAUAUAAAUAUAAUUAAGGAAAUCUUAACAAACCAAAUGAGAUUAAGGAGAAAAUUAAAAACAACAAUCGAAACAAAGAGAGAAAUCAACUUAUCAGAAAGAGACGUUGAAACAAUUGCAACAACAACAACAUACAUAGGAGAUUUUAAUACAAUAACAAAACGAAUAUCAAAUGAAAAACUUGUUAAAUUUCUUAUAUCAUCAAAGAAAACUGUUCCAAAUAUAUCAGAAUCACCUAUUUUACCUGAUAUUCAUUCAAUUCAAAAGCAACUCAAUAGUGCUAAGGAUGACAUGAUACAACCUAUCUUAGAAAAGUUAGAUGAAAAAACUCCUAGCCCAGUUAAAGAAGACAAAGAUAAAAUAGAUCUCGUAAAGCCAGACGAAAAGACGCCUAGCCCUAUAAAAGCAGACGAAGUAAAACUAUCAUUUGAUAAACGAGAAGAGAAGGAUGCUAGCCCCGUUAUAGAUGUUGAGGUAAAACCAUCAUUUGCAAAACCAGAUGAGAAGGCGUCGAGCCCGAUAAAAGACGACAAAGAAACACCCGUAACGGAAGAGCAAGUGGAGAAGGUACCUAGCCCUGUCACAGGUGACAAGGUAAAACCACUUUUGGAAAAACCCGGUGAAAAGGUGCCAAGUCCCAUAAAAGAUGACAAGGUAAAACCACUUUUUGAAAAAUCAGACGAGAAGGCUCCUAGCCCUGAUAAAGUGGAGGAGGUAAAACCAACAUUUGUAAAGCCAGACGAGAAAGCUCCUAGCCCGAUUAAAGACGACAAAGAAACACCCGUAACAGAAAAGCAAGUGAAGAAGGUGCUUAGUCCUGUCACAGGAGACAAGGAGAUACAACUUUUAGACAAAUCCGACGACAAGGUGCCCAGCCCUGUCAAAGAUGAUAAGGUAAAACCACUUUUUGAAAAACCAGACGAGGAGGCUCCUAGCCCAGAUAAAGUGGAUGAUGUAAAAUCAUCGUUGGAAAAGCCAGAAGAGAAGAUGCCUAGCCCUGAUAAAGAUGACAAGGCAAAAUACCUUUUAGAAAAGCCAGGUGAGAAGGUACCAAGCCCUGUCGAAGAUGACAAGGUAAAACCAUUAUUUGAAAAACCAGACGACAAGGCUCCUAGCCCCGAUAAAGUGGAUGAGGAAACACCAUCAUUGGGAAAGCCAGACGAGAAAGCCCGUAGUCCGGUUGAAGAAAAAGAACUAAAACCAUCAUUAGAAAAGGUCGACGAAAAGGUGCCUAGCCCUGCGAAAGACGAUAAGGCCAAACCACUUUUAGAAAAGGCCGACGAGAAGGUGCCUAGCCCUGUCGUAGAUGACAAGGUGAAACCACUUUUUGAAAAACCAGACGAGAAGGCUCCUAGCCCAGAUAAAGUGGGUGAAGUAAAACCAUCAUUGGUAAAGCCAGACGAGAAAGCCCCUAGUCCGGUUGAAGAAAAAGAACUAAAACCAUCAUUGGAAAAGGUCGACGAAAAGGUACCUAGCCCUGUCGAAGAUGACAAGGUAAAACCAUUAUUUGAAAAACCAGACGAGGAGGCUCCUAGCCCCGUCCAAGAUGACAAGGAGAAACAACUUGUUGAAAAACCAGACGACAAGGCUCCUAGCCCCGAUAAAGUGGAUGAUGUAAAACCAUCAUUGGUAAAGCCAGACGAGAAAGCUCCUAGUCCGGUUGAAGAAAAAGAGGUAAAACCAUCAUUGGAAAAGGUCGACGAAAAGGUACCUAGCCCUGUCGAAGAUGACAAGGUAAAACCAUUAUUUGAAAAACCAGACGAGAAGGCUCCUAGCCCCGUCCAAGAUGACAAGGAGAAACCACUUGUUGAAAAACCAGACGACAAGGCUCCUAGCCUCGAUAAAGUGGAUGAGGUAAAACCAUCAUUGGUAAAGCCAGACGAGAAAGCUCCUAGUCCGGUUGAAGAAGAAGAGGUAAAACCAUCAUUGGAAAAGGUCGACGAAAAGGUGCCUAGCCCUGCGAAAGACGACAAGGCCAAACCACUUUUAGAAAAGGCCGACGAGAAGGUGUCUAGCCCUGUCGAAGAUGACAAGGUAAAACCACAUUUUGAAAAACCAGACGAGAAGGUGCCUAGUCCCGUCAAAGAUGACAAGGUGAAACCAGUUUUUGAAAAACCAGACGAGAAGGCUCCUAGCCCAGAUAAAGUGGGUGAGGUCGACGAAAAGGUACCUAGCCCUGUCGAAGAUGACAAGGUAAAACCACAUUUUGAAAAACCAGACGAGAAGGUGCCUAGUCCCGUCAAAGAUGACAAGGUGAAACCAGUUUUUGAAAAACCAGACGAGAAGGCUCCUAGCCCAGAUAAAGUGGGUGAGGUAAAACCAUCAUUGGUAAAGCCAGACGAGAAAGCCCCUAGUCCGGUUGAAGAAAAAGAACUAAAACCAUCAUUAGAAAAGGUCGACGAAAAGAUACCUAGCCCUGUCGAAGAUGACAAGGUAAAACCAUUAUUUGAAAAACCAGACGAGAAGGCUCCUAGCCCCGUCCAAGAUGACAAGGAGAAACCACUUGUUGAAAAACCAGACGACAAGGCUCCUAGCCUCGAUAAAGUGGAUGAGGUAAAACCAUCAUUGGUAAAGCCAGACGAGAAAGCUCCUAGUCCGGUUGAUGAAGAAGAGGUAAAACCAUCAUUGGAAAAGGUCGACGAAAAGGUGCCUAGCCCUGCGAAAGACGACAAGGCCAAACCACUUUUAGAAAAGGCCGACGAGAAGGUGUCUAGCCCUGUCGAAGAUGACAAGGUAAAACCACAUUUUGAAAAACCAGACGAGAAGGUGCCUAGUCCCGUCAAAGAUGACAAGGUGAAACCAGUUUUUGAAAAACCAGACGAGAAGGCUCCUAGCCCAGAUAAAGUGGGUGAGGUCGACGAAAAGGUACCUAGCCCUGUCGAAGAUGACAAGGUAAAACCACAUUUUGAAAAACCAGACGAGAAGGUGCCUAGUCCCGUCAAAGAUGACAAGGUGAAACCAGUUUUUGAAAAACCAGACGAGAAGGCUCCUAGCCCAGAUAAAGUGGGUGAGGUAAAACCAUCAUUGGUAAAGCCAGACGAGAAAGCCCCUAGUCCGGUUGAAGAAAAAGAACUAAAACCAUCAUUAGAAAAGGUCGACGAAAAGAUACCUAGCCCUGUCGAAGAUAACAAGGUAAAACCAUUAUUUGAAAAACCAGACGAGAAGGCUCCCCGCCCCGUCCAAGAUGACAAGGAGAAAUCACUUGUUGGAAAACCAGACGACAAGGCUCCUAGCCCCGAUAAAGUGCAUGAGGAAACACCAUCAUUGGGAAAGCCAGACGAGAAAGCCCGUAGUCCGGUUGAAGAAAAAGAACUAAAACCAUCAUUGGAAAAGGUCGACGAAAAGGUGCCUAGCCCUGCGAAAGACGAUAAGGCCAAACCACUUUUAGAAAAGGCCGACGAGAAGGUGCCUAGCCCCGUCCAAGAUGACAAGGAGAAACAACUUGUUGAAAAACCAGACGACAAGGCUCCUAGCCCCGAUAAAGUGGAUGAUGUAAAACCAUCAUUGGUAAAGCCAGACGAGAAAGCUCCUAGUCCGGUUGAAGAAAAAGAGGUACCUAGCCCUGUCGAAGAUGACAAGGUAAAACCAUUAUUUGAAAAACCAGACGAGAAGGCUCCUAGCCCCGUCCAAGAUGACAAGGAGAAACAACUUGUUGAAAAACCAGACGACAAGGCUCCUAGCCCCGAUAAAGUGGAUGAUGUAAAACCAUCAUUGGUAAAGCCAGACGAGAAAGCUCCUAGUCCGGUUGAAGAAGAAGAGGUAAAACCAUCAUUGGAAAAGGUCGACGAAAAGGUGCCUAGCCCUGCGAAAGACGACAAGGCCAAACCACUUUUAGAAAAGGCCGACGAGAAGGUGUCUAGCCCUGUCGAAGAUGACAAGGUAAAACCACAUUUUGAAAAACCAGACGAGAAGGUGCCUAGUCCCGUCAAAGAUGACAAGGUGAAACCAGUUUUUGAAAAACCAGACGAGAAGGCUCCUAGCCCAGAUAAAGUGGGUGAGGUAAAACCAUCAUUGGUAAAGCCAGACGAGAAAGCCCCUAGUCCGGUUGAAGAAAAAGAACAAAAACCAUCAUUGGAAAAGGUCGACGAAAAGGUACCUAGCCCUGUCGAAGAUGACAAGGUAAAACCACAUUUUGAAAAACCAGACGAGAAGGUGCCUAGUCCCGUCAAAGAUGACAAGGUGAAACCAGUUUUUGAAAAACCAGACGAGAAGGCUCCUAGCCCAGAUAAAGUGGGUGAGGUAAAACCAUCAUUGGUAAAGCCAGACGAGAAAGCCCCUAGUCCGGUUGAAGAAAAAGAACUAAAACCAUCAUUAGAAAAGGUCGACGAAAAGAUACCUAGCCCUGUCGAAGAUGACAAGGUAAAACCAUUAUUUGAAAAACCAGACGAGAAGGCUCCCCGCCCCGUCCAAGAUGACAAGGAGAAAUCACUUGUUGGAAAACCAGACGACAAGGCUCCUAGCCCCGAUAAAGUGGAUGAGGAAACACCAUCAUUGGGAAAGCCAGACGAGAAAGCCCGUAGUCCGGUUGAAGAAAAAGAACUAAAACCAUCAUUGGAAAAGGUCGACGAAAAGGUGCCUAGCCCUGCGAAAGACGAUAAGGCCAAACCACUUUUAGAAAAGGCCGACGAGAAGGUGCCUAGCCCUGUCGUAGAUGACAAGGUGAAACCACUUUUUGAAAAACCAGACGAGAAGGCUCCUAGCCCAGAUAAAGUGGGUGAAGUAAAACCAUCAUUGGUAAAGCCAGACGAGAAAGCCCCUAGUCCGGUUGAAGAAAAAGAACUAAAACCAUCAUACGAGGAGGCUCCUAGCCCCGUCCAAGAUGAUAAGGAGAAACAACUUGUUGAAAAACCAGAGGACAAGGCUCCUAGCCCCGAUAAAGUGGAUGAUGUAAAACCAUCAUUGGUAAAGCCAGACGAGAAAGCUCCUAGUCCGGUUGAAGAAAAAGAGGUACCUAGCCCUGUCGAAGAUGACAAGGUAAAACCAUUAUUUGAAAAACCAGACGAGAAGGCUCCUAGCUCCGUCCAAGAUGACAAGGAGAAACCACUUGUUGAAAAACCAGACGACAAGGCUCCUAGCCUCGAUAAAGUGGAUGAGGUAAAACCAUCAUUGGUAAAGCCAGACGAGAAAGCUCCUAGUCCGGUUGAAGAAGAAGAGUUAAAACCAUCAUUGGAAAAGGUCGACGAAAAGGUGCCUAGCCCUGCGAAAGACGACAAGGCCAAACCAUUUUUAGAGAAGGCCGACGAGAAGGUGUCUAGCCCUGUCGAAGAUGACAAGGUAAAACCACAUUUAGAAAAACCAGACGAGAAGGUGCCUAGUCCCGUCAAAGAUGACAAGGUGAAACCAGUUUUUGAAAAACCAGACGAGGAGGCUCCUAGCCCAGAUAAAAUGGAUGAUGUAAAAUCAUCGUUGGAAAAGCCAGAAGAGAAGAUGCCUAGCCCUGAUAAAGAUGACAAGGCAAAAUACCUUUUAGAAAAGCCAGGUGAGAAGGUACCAAGCCCUGUCGAAGAUGACAAGGUAAAACCAUUAUUUGAAAAACCAGACGACAAGGCUCCUAGCCCCGUCCAAGAUGACAAGGAGAAACUACUUGUUGAAAAACCAGACGAGAAGGUUCCUAGCCCCGAUAAAGUGGAUGAUGUAAAACCAUCAUUGGAAAAACCAGAAGAGAAGAUGCCAAGCCCUGAUAAAGAUGACAAGGCAAAAUACCUUUUAGAAAAGCCAGGUGAGAAGGUGCCAAGCCCUGUCGAAGAUGACAAGGUAAAACCAUUAUUUGAAAAACCAGACGACAAGGCUCCUAGCCCCGAUAAAGUGGAUGAGGUAAAACCAUCAUUGGGAAAGCCAGACGAGAAAGCCCGUAGUCCGGUUGAAGAAAAAGAACUAAAACCAUCAUUGGAAAAGGUCGACGAAAAGGUGCCUAGCCCUGCGAAAGACGACAAGGCCAAACCACUUUUAGAAAAGGCCGACGAGAAGGUGCCUGGCCCUGUCGUAGAUGACAAGGUGAAACCACUUUUUGAAAAACCAGACGAGAAGUCUCCUAGCCCAGAUAAAGUGGGUGAGGUACAACCAUCAUUGGUAAAGCCAGACGAGAAAGCCCCUAGUCCGGUUGAAGAAAAAGAACUAAAACCAUCAUUGGAAAAGGUCGACGAAAAGGUGCCUAGCCCUGUCGUAGAUGACAAGGUAAAAUCAUUAUUUGAAAAACCAGACGAGAAGACUCCUAGCCCCGUCCAAGAUGACAAGGAGAAACCACUUCUUGAAAAACCAGACGACAAGGCUCCUAGCCCCGAUAAAGUGGAUGAGGUAAAACCAUCAUUGAUAAAGUCAGACGAGAAAGCUCCUAGUCCGGUUGAAGAAGAAGAGGUAAAACCAUCAUUGGAAAAGGUCGACGAAAAGGUGCCUAGCCCUGCGAAAGACGAUAAAGCCAAACCACUUUUAGAAAAGGCCGACGAGAAGGUGCCUAGCCCUGUCGUUGAUGACAAGGUGAAACCACUUUUUGAAAAACCAGACGAGAAGUCUCCUAGCCCAGAUAAGGUGGGUGAGGUACAACCAUCAUUGGUAAAGCCAGACGAGAAAGCCCCUAGUCCGGUUGAAGAAAAAGAACUAAAACCAUCAUUGGAAAAGGUCGACGAAAAGGUACCUAGCCCUGUCGAAGAUGACAAGGUAAAACCAUUAUUUGAAAAACCAGACGAGAAGGCUCCUAGCCCCGUCCAAGAUGACAAGGAGAAACCACUUGUUGAAAAACCAGACGACAAGGCUCCUAGCCCCGAUAAAGUGGAUGAGGUAAAACCAUCAUUGGUAAAGCCAGACGAGAAAGCUCCUAGUCCGGUUGAAGAAGAAGAGGUAAAACCAUCAUUGGAAAAGGUCGAGGAAAAGGUGCCUAGCCCUGUCGUAGAUGACAAGGUGAAACCACUUGUUGAAAAACCAGACGACAAGGCUCCUAGCCCCGAUAAAGUGGAUGAGGUAAAACCAUCAUUGGUAAAGCCAGACGAGAAAGAUCCUAGUCCGGUUGAAGAAGAAGAGGUAAAACCAUCAUUGGAAAAGGUCGACGAAAAGGUGCCUAGCCCUGCGAAAGACGAUAAGGCCAAACCACUUUUAGAAAAGGCUGACGAGAAGGUACCUGGCCCUGUCGUAGAUGACAAGAAGUCUCCUAGCCCAGAUAAAGUGGGUGAGGUACAACCAUCAUUGGUAAAGCCAGACGAGAAAGCCCCUAGUCCGGUUGAAGAAAAAGAACUAAAACCAUCAUUGGAAAAGGUCGACGAAAAGGUGCCUAGCCCUGUCGUAGAUGACAAGGUAAAAUCAUUAUUUGAAAAACCAGACGAGAAGACUCCUAGCCCCGUCCAAGAUGACAAGGAGAAACCACUUCUUGAAAAACCAGACGACAAGGCUCCUAGCCCCGAUAAAGUGGAUGAGGUAAAACCAUCAUUGAUAAAGUCAGACGAGAAAGCUCCUAGUCCGGUUGAAGAAGAAGAGGUAAAACCAUCAUUGGAAAAGGUCGACGAAAAGGUGCCUAGCCCUGCGAAAGACGAUAAAGCCAAACCACUUUUAGAAAAGGCCGACGAGAAGGUGCCUAGCCCUGUCGUUGAUGACAAGGUGAAACCACUUUUUGAAAAACCAGACGAGAAGUCUCCUAGCCCAGAUAAGGUGGGUGAGGUACAACCAUCAUUGGUAAAGCCAGACGAGAAAGCCCCUAACGAGAAGGCUCCUAGCCCCGUCCAAGAUGACAAGGAGAAACCACUUGUUGAAAAACCAGACGACAAGGCUCCUAGCCCCGAUAAAGUGGAUGAGGUAAAACCAUCAUUGGUAAAGCCAGACGAGAAAGCUCCUAGUCCGGUUGAAGAAGAAGAGGUAAAACCAUCAUUGGAAAAGGUCGAGGAAAAGGUGCCUAGCCCUGUCGUAGAUGACAAGGUGAAACCACUUGUUGAAAAACCAGACGACAAGGCUCCUAGCCCCGAUAAAGUGGAUGAGGUAAAACCAUCAUUGGUAAAGCCAGACGAGAAAGCUCCUAGUCCGGUUGAAGAAGAAGAGGUAAAACCAUCAUUGGAAAAGGUCGACGAAAAGGUGCCUAGCCCUGCGAAAGACGAUAAGGCCAAACCACUUUUAGAAAAGGCUGACGAGAAGGUACCUGGCCCUGUCGUAGAUGACAAGGUGAAACCGCUUUUUGAAAAACCAGACGAGAAGUCUCCUAGCCCAGAUAAAGUGGGUGAGGUACAACCAUCAUUGGUAAAGCCAGACGAGAAAGCCCCUAGUCCGGUUGAAGAAAAAGAACUAAAACCAUCAUUGGAAAAGGUCGACGAAAAGGUGCCUAGCCCUGUCGUAGAUGACAAGGUGAAACCACUUUUUGCAAAACCAGACGAGAAGUCUCCUAGCCCAGAUAAAGUGGGUGAGGUACAACCAUCAUUGGUAAAGCCAGACGAGAAAGCCCCUAGUCCGGUUGAAGAAAAAGAACUAAAACCAUCAUUGGAAAAGGUCGACGAAAAGGUGCCUAGCCCUGCGAAAGACGACAAGGCCAAACCACUUUUAGAGAAGGCCGACGAGAAGUUGUCUAGCCCUGUCGAAGAUGACAAGGUAAAACCACAUUUAGAAAAACCAGACGAGAAGGUGCCUAGUCCCGUCAAAGAUGACAAGGUGAAACCAGUUUUUGAAAAACCAGACGAGAAGGCUCCCAGCCCCGUCCAAGAUGACAAGGUGAAACCACAUUUUGAAAAACCAGACGAGAAGGCUCCUAGCCCCGUCCAAGAUGACAAGGAGAAACCACUUGUUGAAAAACCAGACGACAAGGCUCCUAGCCCCGAUAAAGUGGAUGAGCUAAAACCAUCAUUGGUAAAGCCAGACGAGAAAGCUCCUAGUCCGGUUGAAGAAAAAGAGGUAAAACCAUCAUUGGAAAAGGUCGACGAAAAGGUACCUAGCCCUGUCGAAGAUGACAAGGUAAAACCACAUUUUGUAAAACCAGACGAGAAGGUGCCUAGUCCCGUCAAAGAUGACAAGGUGAAACCAGUUUUUGAAAAACCAGACGAGAAGGCUCCUAGCCCCGUCCAAGAUGACAAGGAGAAACCACUUGUUGAAAAACCAGACGACAAGGCUCCUAGCCCCGAUAAAGUGGAUGAGGUAAAACCAUCAUUGGUAAAGCCAGACGAGAAACCUCCUAGUCCGGUUGGAAGAGAAGAAGUAAAACCAUCAUUGAAAAUGGCAAAAGACAAGGUUCCUAGCCCUGACAAAGAUGACAAGGCCAAACCACUUUCAGAAAAGGCCGACGAGAAGGUGCCUAGCCCUGUCGAAGAUGAUAAAGUGAAACCGCUUUUUGAAAAACCAGACGAGAAGGCUCCUAGCCCCGAUAAAGUGGAUAAAGUAAAACCAUCAUUGGGAAAGCCAGAAGAGAAGAUGCCAAGCCCUGAUAAAGAUGAAAAAGCAAAACAACUUUUAGAGAAGGCCGACGAGAAGGUGCCAAGCCCCGUCCAAGAUGACAAGGUGAAACCACUUGUUGAAAAACUAGACGAAAAGGCUCCUAGGCCAGAUAAAGUGGAUGAUUUAAAACUAUCAUUAGUAAAGCCAGACGAGAAAGCUCAUAUUCCGGUUGAAGAAAAAGAGGUUAAACCAUCAUUGGAAAAGGCAAAAGACAAGGUGCCUAGCCCUGAUAAAGACGACAAGGCCAAGCCAUUUUCAGAAAAGGCCGACGAGAAAGUGCCGAGCCCCGUCAGAGAUGACAAAAGGAAACCACUUUUUGAAAAACCAGACGAGAAGGCUCCUAGCCCCGAUAAAGUGGAUGAUGUAAAACCAUCAAUGGAAGAGCCAAAAGAGAAGAUGCCAAGCCCUGAUAAAGAUGAAAAGGCAAAACAACUUUUAGAAAAGCCAGGUGAGAAGGUGCCAAGCCCUGUCGUAGAUGACAAGGUGAAAUCACUUUUUGAAAAACCAGACGAGAAGUCCCCUAGCCCAGAUAAAGUGGGUGAGGUACAACCAUCAUUGGUAAAGCAAGACGAGAAAGCCCCUAGUCCGAUUGAAGAAAAAGAACUACAACCAUCAUUGGAAAAGGUCGACGAAAAGGUACCUAGCCCUGUCGAAGAUGACAAGGAGAAACCACUUGUUGAAAAACCAGACGACAAGGCUCCUAGCCCCGAUAAAGUGGAUGAGGUAAAACCAUCAUUGGUAAAGCCAGACGAGAAAGCUCCUAGUCCGGUUGAAGAAGAAGAGGUAAAACCAUCAUUGGAAACGGUCGACGAAAAGGUGCCUAGCCCUACGAAAGACGACAAGGCCAAACCACGUGUAGAGAAGGCCGACGAGAAGGUGUCUAGCCCUGUCGAAGAUGAUAAAGUGAAACCACUUUUUGAAAAACCAGACGAGAAGGCUCCUAGCCCAGAUAAACUGGGUGAGGUAAAACCAUCAUUGGUAAAGCCAGACGAGAAAGCCCCUAGUCCGGUUGAAGAAAAAGAACUAAAACCAUCAUUGGAAAAGGUCGACGAAAAGGUACCUAGCCCUGUCGAAAAUGACAAGGUAAAACCAUUAUUUGAAAAACCAGACGAGAAGGCUCCCAGCCCCGUCCAAGAUGACAAGGAGAAACCACUUGUUGAAAAACUAGACGACAAGGCUCCUAGCCCCGAUAAAGUGGAUGAGGUAAAACCAUCAUUGGUAAAGCCAGACGAGAAAGCUCCUAGUCCGGUUGAAGAAGAAGAGGUAAAACCAUCAUUGGAAAAGGUCGACGAAAAGGUGCCUAGCCCUACGAAAGACGACAAGGCCAAACCACUUGUAGAGAAGGCCGACGAGAAGGUGUCUAGCCCUGUCGAAUAUGACAAGGUAAAACCACAUUUUGAAAAACCAGACGAGAAGGUGCCUAGCCCCGUCAAAGAUGACAAGGUGAAACCAGUUUUUGAAAAACCAGACGAGAUGUCUCUUAGCCCAGAUAAAGUGGGUGAGGUACAACCAUCAUUGGUAAAGCCAGGAGAGAAAGCCCCUAGUCCGGUUGAAGAAAAAGAACUAAAACCAUCAUUAGAAAAGGUCGACGAAAAGAUACCUAGCCCUGUCGAAGAUGACAAGGUAAAACCAUUAUUUGAAAAACCAGACGAGAAGGCUCCCCGCCCCGUCCAAGAUGACAAGGAGAAAUCACUUGUUGGAAAACCAGACGACAAGGCUCCUAGCCCCAAUAAAGUGGAUGAGGUAAAACCAUCAUUGGUAAAGCCAGACGAGAAAGCUCCUAGUCCGGUUGAAGAAGAAGUGGUAAAACUAUCAUUCGAAAAAGCAGAAGACAAGGUCCCUACCCCAGACAAAGAUGAUAAGGCCAAGCCACUGUUAGAAAAGCCUGGCGAGAAGGUGCUUAGCCCAGUCAAAGAUGACAAGGUGAAACCACUGUUUGAAAAACCAGACGAGAAGGUGCCUAGUCCCGUCAAAGAUGACAAAGUGAAACCAGUUUUUGAAAAACCAGACGAGAAGGCUCCUAGCCCAGAUAAAGUGGAUGAGGUAAAAACAUCAUUGGUAAAGCCAGACGAGAAAGCUCCAAGUCCGGUUGGAGAAGAAGAGGUAAAACCAUCAUUGGAAAAGGCAAAAGACAAGGUUCCUAGCCCUGACAAAGAUGACAAGGCCAAACCACUUUCAGAAAAGGCCGACGAGAAGGUGCCUAGUCCUGUCGAAGAUGAUAAAGUGAAAUCACUUUUUGAAAAACCAGACGAGAAGGCUCCUAGCCCAGAUAAAGUAGGUGAGGUAAAACCAUCAUUGGUAAAGCCAGACGAGAAAGCCCCUAGUCCGGUUGAAGAAAAAGAACAAAAACCAUCAUUGGAAAAGGCCGACGAGAAGGUGUCUAGCCCUGUCGAAGAUGACAAGGUAAAACCACAUUUUGAAAAACCAGACGAGAAGGUGCCUAGUCCCGUCAAAGAUGACAAGGUGAAACCAGUUUUUGAAAAACCAGACGAGAAGGCUCCUAGCCCAGAUAAAGUGGGUGAGGUAAAACCAUCAUUGGUAAAGCCAGACGAGAAAGCCCCUAGUCCGGUUGAAGAAAAAGAACUAAAACCAUCAUUAGAAAAGGUCGACGAAAAGAUACCUAGCCCUGUCGAAGAUGACAAGGUAAAACCAUUAUUUGAAAAACCAGACGAGAAGGCUCCCCGCCCCGUCCAAGAUGACAAGGAGAAACCACUUGUUGGAAAACCAGACGACAAGGCUCCUAGCCCCGAUAAAGUGGAUGAGGUAAAACCAUCAUUGGUAAAGCCAGACGAGAAAGCUCCUAGUCCGGUUGAAGAAGAAGUGGUAAAACUAUCAUUCGAAAAAGCAGAAGACAAGGUCCCUACCCCAGACAAAGAUGAUAAGGCCAAGCCACUGUUAGAAAAGCCUGGCGAGAAGGUGCUUAGCCCAGUCAAAGAUGACAAGGUGAAACCACUGUUUGAAAAACCAGACGAGAAGGUGCCUAGUCCCGUCAAAGAUGACAAAGUGAAACCAGUUUUUGAAAAACCAGACGAGAAGGUGCCUAGUCCCGUCAAAGAUGACAAAGUGAAACCAGUUUUUGAAAAACCAGACGAGAAGGCUCCUAGCCCAGAUAAAGUGGAUGAGGUAAAAACAUCAUUGGUAAAGCCAGACGAGAAAGCUCCAAGUCCGGUUGGAGAAGAAGAGGUAAAACCAUCAUUGGAAAAGGCAAAAGACAAGGUUCCUAGCCCUGACAAAGAUAACAAGGCCAAACCACUUUCAGAAAAGGCCGACGAGAAGGUGCCUAGUCCUGUCGAAGAUGAUAAAGUGAAAUCACUUUUUGAAAAACCAGACGAGAAGGCUCCUAGCCCAGAUAAAGUAGGUGAGGUAAAACCAUCAUUGGUAAAGCCAGACGAGAAAGCCCCUAGUCCGGUUGAAGAAAAAGAACAAAAACCAUCAUUGGAAAAGGCCGACGAGAAGGUGUCUAGCCCUGUCGAAGAUGACAAGGUAAAACCACAUUUUGAAAAACCAGACGAGAAGGUGCCUAGUCCCGUCAAAGAUGACAAGGUGAAACCAGUUUUUGAAAAACCAGACGAGAAGGCUCCUAGCCCAGAUAAAGUGGGUGAGGUAAAACCAUCAUUGGUAAAGCCAGACGAGAAAGCCCCUAGUCCGGUUGAAGAAAAAGAACAAAAACCAUCAUUGGAAAAGGUCGACGAAAAGGUACCUAGCCCUGUCGAAGAUGACAAGGUAAAACCACAUUUUGAAAAACCAGACGAGAAGGUGCCUAGUCCCGUCAAAGAUGACAAGGUGAAACCAGUUUUUGAAAAACCAGACGAGAAGGCUCCUAGCCCAGAUAAAGUGGGUGAGGUAAAACCAUCAUUGGUAAAGCCAGACGAGAAAGCCCCUAGUCCGGUUGAAGAAAAAGAACUAAAACCAUCAUUAGAAAAGGUCGACGAAAAGAUACCUAGCCCUGUCGAAGAUGACAAGGUAAAACCAUUAUUUGAAAAACCAGACGAGAAGGCUCCCCGCCCCGUCCAAGAUGACAAGGAGAAAUCACUUGUUGGAAAACCAGACGACAAGGCUCCUAGCCCCGAUAAAGUGGAUGAGGUAAAACCAUCAUUGGUAAAGCCAGACGAGAAAGCUCCUAGUCCGGUUGAAGAAGAAGUGGUAAAACUAUCAUUGGAAAAAGCAGAAGACAAGGUCCCUACCCCAGACAAAGAUGACAAGGCUAAGCCACUGUUAGAAAAGCCUGGCGAGAAGGUGCUUAGCCCAGUCAAAGAUGACAAGGUGAAACCACUGUUUGAAAAACCAGACGAGAAGGUGCCUAGUCCCGUCAAAGAUGACAAAGUGAAACCAGUUUUUGAAAAACCAGACGAGAAGGCUCCUAGCCCAGAUAAAGUAGAUGAGGUAAAACCAUCAUUGGUAAAGCCAGACGAGAAAGCUCCAAGUCCGAUUGGAGAAGAAGAGGUAAAACCAUCAUUGGAAAAGGCAAAAGACAAGGUUCCUAGUCCUGACAAAGAUGACAAGGCCAAACCACUUUCAGAAAAGGCCGACGAGAAGGUGCCUAGCCCGGUCGAUGAUGAUAAAGUGAAACCACUUUUUGAAAAACCAGACGAGAAGGCUCCUAGCCCAGAUAAACUGGGUGAGGUCGACGAAAAGGUGCCUAGCCCUGUCGAAGAUGACAAGGUAAAACCAUUAUUUGAAAAACCAGAUGAGAAGGCUCCCAGCCCCGUCCAAGAUGACAAGGUGAAACCACUUUUUGAUAAACCAGACGACAAGGCUCCUAGCCCCGAUAAAGUGGAUGAGGUAAAACCAUCAUUGGUAAAGCCAGACGAGAAAGCUCCUAGUCCGGUUGAAGAAGAAGAGGUAAAACCAUCAUUGGAAAAGGUCGACGAAAAGGUGCCUAGCCCUGCGAAAGACGACAAGGCCAAACCACUUUUAGAAAAGGCCGACGAGAAGGUGUCUAGCCCUGUCGAAGAUGACAAGGUAAAACCACAUUUUGAAAAACCAGACGAGAAGGCUCCCAGCCCCGUCCAAGAUGACAAGGUGAAACCACUUUUUGAUAAACCAGACGACAAGGCUCCUAGCCCCGAUAAAGUGGAUGAGGUAAAACCAUCAUUGGUAAAGCCAGACGAGAAAGCUCCUAGUCCGAUUGAAGAAGAAGAGGUAAAACUAUCAUUGGAAAAGGUCGACGAAAAGGUACCUAGCCCUGUCGAAGAUGACAAGGUAAAACCACAUUUUGAAAAACCAGACGAGAAGGUGCCUAGUCCCGUCAAAGAUGACAAGGUGAAACCAGUUUUUGAAAAACCAGACGAGAAGGCUCCUAGCCCCGAUAAAGUGGAUGAGGUAAAACCAUCAUUGGUAAAGCCAGACGAGAAAGCUCCUAGUCCGGUUGAAGAAGAAGAGGUAAAACCAUCAUUGGAAAAGGUCGACGAAAAGGUGCCUAGCCCUGCGAAAGACGACAAGGCCAAACCACUUGUAGAGAAGGCCGACGAGAAGGCCGACGAGAAGGUGUCUAGCCCUGUCGAAGAUGACAAGGUAAAACCAUUAUUUGAAAAACCAGACAAGAAGGCUCCCAGCCCCGUCCAAGAUGACAAGGUGAAACCACUUUUUGAUAAACCAGACGAUAAGGCUCCUAGCCCCGAUAAAGUGGAUGAGGUAAAACCAUCAUUGGUAAAGCCAGACGAGAAACCUCCUAGUCCGAUUGGAGAAGAAGAGGUAAAACCAUCAUUGGAAAAGGCAAAAGACAAGGUUCCUAGUCCUGACAAAGAUGACAAGGCCAAACCACUUUCAGAAAAGGCCGACGAGAAGGUGCCUAGCCCUGUCGAUGAUGAUAAAGUGAAACCACUUUUUGAAAAACCAGACGAGAAGGUGCCUAGUCCCGUCAAAGAUGACAAGGUGAAACCAGUUUUUGAAAAACCAGACGAGAAGGCUCCUAGCCCAGAUAAAGUGGGUGAGGUAAAACCAUCAUUGGUAAAGCCAGACGAGAAAGCUCCUAGUCCGGUUGAAGAAGAAGAGGUAAAACUAUCAUUGGAAAAGGUCGACGAAAAGGUGCCUAGCCCUGCGAAAGACGACAAGGCCAAACCACUUGUAGAGAAGGCCGACGAGAAGGCCGACGAGAAGGUGUCUAGCCCUGUCGAAGAUGACAAGGUAAAACCACAUUUUGAAAAACCAGACGAGAAGGUGCCUAGUCCCGUCAAAGAUGACAAGGUGAAACCAGUUUUUGAAAAACCAGACGAGAAGGCUCCUAGCCCAGAUAAAGUGGGUGAGGUAAAACCAUCAUUGGUAAAGCCAGACGAGAAAGCCCCUAGUCCGGUUGAAGAAAAAGAACAAAAACCAUCAUUGGAAAAGGUCGACGAAAAGGUACCUAGCCCUGUCAAAGAUGACAAGGUAAAACCAUUAUUUGAAAAACCAGACGAGAAGGCUCCCAGCCCCGUCCAAGAUGACAAGGUGAAACCACUUUUUGAUAAACCAGACGAUAAGGCUCCUAGCCCCGAUAAAGUGGAUGAGGUAAAACCAUCAUUGGUAAAGCCAGACGAGAAAGCCCCUAGUCCGGUUGAAGAAAAAGAACAAAAACCAUCAUUGGAAAAGGCCGACGAGAAGGUGUCUAGCCCUGUCGAAGAUGACAAGGUAAAACCACAUUUUGAAAAACCAGACGAGAAGGUGCCUAGUCCCGUCAAAGAUGACAAGGUGAAACCAGUUUUUGAAAAACCAGACGAGAAGGCUCCUAGCCCAGAUGAAGUGGGUGAGGUCGACGAAAAGGUACCUAGCCCUGUCGAAGAUGACAAGGUAAAACCACAUUUUGAAAAACCAGACGAGAAGGUGCCUAGUCCCGUCAAAGAAGACAAAGUGAAACCAGUUUUUGAAAAACCAGACGAGAAGGCUCCUAGCCCAGAUAAAGUGGAUGAGGUAAAACCAUCAUUGGUAAAGCCAGACGAGAAAGCUCCAAGUCCGAUUGGAGAAGAAGAGGUAAAACCAUCAUUGGAAAAGGCAAAAGACAAGGUUCCUAGUCCUGACAAAGAUGACAAGGCCAAACCACUUUCAGAAAAGGCCGACGAGAAGGUGCCUAGCCCUGCGAAAGACGACAAGGCCAAACCACUUGUAGAGAAGGCCGACGAGAAGGCCGACGAGAAGGUGUCUAGCCCUGUCGAAGAUGACAAGGUAAAACCACAUUUUGAAAAACCAGACGAGAAGGUGCCUAGUCCCGUCAAAGAUGACAAGGUGAAACCAGUUUUUGAAAAACCAGACGAGAAGGCUCCUAGCCCAGAUAAAGUGGGUGAGGUAAAACCAUCAUUGGUAAAGCCAGACGAGAAAGCCCCUAGUCCGGUUGAAGAAAAAGAACAAAAACCAUCAUUGGAAAAGGUCGACGAAAAGGUACCUAGCCCUGUCAAAGAUGACAAGGUAAAACCAUUAUUUGAAAAACCAGACGAGAAGGCUCCCAGCCCCGUCCAAGAUGACAAGGUGAAACCACUUUUUGAUAAACCAGACGAUAAGGCUCCUAGCCCCGAUAAAGUGGAUGAGGUAAAACCAUCAUUGGUAAAGCCAGACGAGAAAGCCCCUCGUCCGGUUGAAGAAAAAGAACAAAAACCAUCAUUGGAAAAGGCCGACGAGAAGGUGUCUAGCCCUGUCGAAGAUGACAAGGUAAAACCACAUUUUGAAAAACCAGACGAGAAGGUGCCUAGUCCCGUCAAAGAUGACAAGGUGAAACCAGUUUUUGAAAAACCAGACGAGAAGGCUCCUAGCCCAGAUAAAGUGGGUGAGGUAAAACCAUCAUUGGUAAAGCCAGACGAGAAAGCCCCUAGUCCGGUUGAAGAAAAAGAACAAAAACCAUCAUUGGAAAAGGCCGACGAGAAGGUGCCUAGCCCUGCGAAAGACGACAAGGCCAAACCACUUGUAGAGAAGGCCGACGAGAAGGCCGACGAGAAGGUGUCUAGCCCUGUCGAAGAUGACAAGGUAAAACCACAUUUUGAAAAACCAGACGAGAAGGUGCCUAGUCCCGUCAAAGAUGACAAGGUGAAACCAGUUUUUGAAAAACCAGACGAGAAGGCUCCUAGCCCAGAUAAAGUGGGUGAGGUAAAACCAUCAUUGGUAAAGCCAGACGAGAAAGCCCCUAGUCCGGUUGAAGAAAAAGAACAAAAACCAUCAUUGGAAAAGGUCGACGAAAAGGUACCUAGCCCUGUCAAAGAUGACAAGGUAAAACCAUUAUUUGAAAAACCAGACGAGAAGGCUCCCAGCCCCGUCCAAGAUGACAAGGUGAAACCACUUUUUGAUAAACCAGACGAUAAGGCUCCUAGCCCCGAUAAAGUGGAUGAGGUAAAACCAUCAUUGGUAAAGCCAGACGAGAAAGCCCCUAGUCCGGUUGAAGAAAAAGAACAAAAACCAUCAUUGGAAAAGGCCGACGAGAAGGUGUCUAGCCCUGUCGAAGAUGACAAGGUAAAACCACAUUUUGAAAAACCAGACGAGAAGGUGCCUAGUCCCGUCAAAGAUGACAAGAAGGCUCCUAGCCCAGAUAAAGUGGGUGAGGUAAAACCAUCAUUGGUAAAGCCAGACGAGAAAGCCCCUAGUCCGGUUGAAGAAAAAGAACAAAAACCAUCAUUGGAAAAGGCAAAAGACAAGGUUCCUAGUCCUGACAAAGAUGACAAGGCCAAACCACUUUCAGAAAAGGCCGACGAGAAGGUGCCUAGCCCGGUCGAUGAUGAUAAAGUGAAACCACUUUUUGAAAAACCAGACGAGAAGGCUCCUAGCCCAGAUAAACUGGGUGAGGUAAAACCAUCAUUGGUAAAGCCAGACGAGAAAGCCCCUAGUCCGGUUGAAGAAAAAGAACUAAAACCAUCAUUGGAAAAGGUCGACGAAAAGGUGCCUAGCCCUGUCGAAGAUGACAAGGUAAAACCAUUAUUUGAAAAACCAGAUGAGAAGGCUCCCAGCCCCGUCCAAGAUGACAAGGUGAAACCACUUUUUGAUAAACCAGACGACAAGGCUCCUAGCCCCGAUAAAGUGGAUGAGGUAAAACCAUCAUUGGUAAAGCCAGACGAGAAAGCUCCUAGUCCGGUUGAAGAAGAAGAGGUAAAACCAUCAUUGGAAAAGGUCGACGAAAAGGUGCCUAGCCCUGCGAAAGACGACAAGGCCAAACCACUUUUAGAAAAGGCCGACGAGAAGGUGUCUAGCCCUGUCGAAGAUGACAAGGUAAAACCACAUUUUGAAAAACCAGACGAGAAGGCUCCCAGCCCCGUCCAAGAUGACAAGGUGAAACCACUUUUUGAUAAACCAGACGACAAGGCUCCUAGCCCCGAUAAAGUGGAUGAGGUAAAACCAUCAUUGGUAAAGCCAGACGAGAAAGCUCCUAGUCCGAUUGAAGAAGAAGAGAAGGCUCCUAGCCCCGUCCAAGAUGACAAGGAGAAACCACUUGUUGAAAAACCAGACGACAAGGCUCCUAGCCUCGAUAAAGUGGAUGAGGUAAAACCAUCAUUGGUAAAGCCAGACGAGAAAGCUCCUAGUCCGGUUGAAGAAGAAGAGGUAAAACCAUCAUUGGAAAAGGUCGACGAAAAGGUGCCUAGCCCUGCGAAAGACGACAAGGCCAAACCACUUUUAGAAAAGGCCGACGAGAAGUUGCCUAGCCCUGUCGAAGAUGACAAGGUAAAACCACAUUUUAAAAAACCAGACGAGAAGGUGCCUAGCCCCGUCAAAGAUGACAAGGCAAAACCACUUUUAGAAAAGCCUGACGAGAAAGCUCCUAGUCCAGAUAAAGUGGAUGAGGUAAAACCAUCAAUUGUAAAGCCAGACGACAAAGCUCCUAGUCCGGUUGAAGAAGAAGAGGUAAAACCAUCAUUGGAAAAAGCAGAAUACAAGGUCACUACCCCAGACAAAAAUGACAAGGCCAAACCACUGUUAGAAAAGCCUGGCGGGAAGAUGCUUAGCCCAGUCAAAGAUGACAAGGUGAAACCACUGUUUGAAAAACUAGAAGAGAAGGCUUCUAGCACAGAUAAAGUGGUUGAGGUAAAACCAUCAUUGGUUAAGCCUGACGAGAAAGCUCCUAGCCCGAUUAAAGAAGAAGAGGUAAAAGCAUCAUUAGAAAAGCCAGACGGCAAAGUGACUAGCCCUUUCAAAGAUGACAAGGCAAAACCACUUUUUGAAAAGCCAGACGAGAAGGCUCCUAGCCCAGAUAAAGUGGAUGAGGUAAAACCAUCAUUGGUAAUGCCAGUCGAGAAAGCUCCUAGUCCGGUUGAAGUAGAAGAGGUAAAACCAUCAUUGGAAAAGGCAGAAGACAAGGUGCCUAGCCCUGACAAAGACGACAAGGCCAAACCACUUUUAGAAAAGGCCGAUGAGAAGGCUCCCAGCCCCGUCAAAGAUGUCAAGGCCAAACCACUUUUAGAAAAGCCAGGCGAGAAGGUGCCAAGCCCAGAUAAAAUGGAUGAUGUAUCACCAACAUUGGUAAAGCAAGACGAGAAAGCUCCUAGUCCGGUUGAAGAAGAAGAGGUAAAACCAUCAUUGGAAAAGGAAGAAGACAAGGUGCCUACCCCAGACAAAGAUGACAAGGCCAAACCACUUUUAGAAAAGCCUGGCGAGAAGGUGCUUAGCCCUGUCAAAGAUGACAAGGUAAAACCACUAUUUGAAAAACCAGACGAGAAGGCUCCUAGCCCGGAUAAAGUGGACGAAGUAAAACCAUCAUUGGUAAAGCAAGACGAGAAAGCUGCUAGUCCGGUUGAAGAAGAAGAGGUAAAACCAUCACUGGAAAAGGCAGUAGACAAGGUUCCUAGCCCUGACAAAGAUGACAAGGCCAAACCACUUUUAGAAAAGCCAGGCGAGAAGGUGCCAAGCCCAGAUAAAGUGGAUGAUGUAACACCAACAUUGAUCAAGCCAGACGAGAAAGCUCCUAGUCCGGUUGAAGAAGAAGAGGUAAAACCAUCAUUGGAAAAAGCAGAAGACAAGGUUCCUACCCCAGACAAAGAUGACAAGGCCAAACCACUUUUAGAAAAGCCUGGCGAGAAAGUGCUUAGCCCUGUCAAAGAUGACAAGGUAAAACCACUAUUUGAAAAAUCAGACGAGAAGGCUCCUAGCCCGGAUAAAGUGGACGAAGUAAAACCAUCAUUGGUAAAGCAAGACGAGAAAGCUCCUAGUCCGGUUGAAGAAGAAGAGGUAAAAGCAUCAUUGGAAAAAGCAGAAGACAAGGUGCCUACCCCAGACAAAGAUGACAAGGCUAAACCACUUUUAGAAAAGCCUGGCGAGAAGGUGCUUAGCCCUGUCAAAGAUGACAAGGUAAAACCACUAUUUGAAAAAUCAGACGAGAAGGCUCCUAGCCCGGAUAAAGUCGACGAAGUAAAACCAUCAUUGGUAAAGCAAGACGAGAAAGCUCCUAGUCCGGUUGAAGAAGAAGACGUAAAACCAUCAUUGGAAAAAGCAGAAGAUAAGGUGGCUACCCCAGACAAAGAUGACAAGGCCAAACCACUUUUAGAAAAGCCUGGCAAGAAGGUGCCAAGCCCUGUCAAAGAUGACAAGGUAAAACCACUAUUUGAAAAACUAGACGAGAAGGCUCCUAUCCCGGAUAAAGUGGGCGAAGUAAAACCAUCAUUGGUAAAGCAAGACGAGAAAGCUCCUAGUCCGGUUGAAGAAGAAGAGGUAAAACCAUCACUGCAAAAGGCAGAAGACAAGGUUCCUAGCCCUGACAAAGAUGACAAGGCCAAACCACUUUUAGAAAAGCCAGGCGAGAAGGUGCCAAGCCCAGAUAAAGUGGAUGUUGUAACACCAACUUUGGUCAAGCCAGACGAGGAAGCUCCUAGUCCGGUUGAAGAAGAAGAGGUAAAACCAUCAUUGGAAAAAGCAGAAUACAAGGUCACUACCCCAGACAAAGACGACAAGGCCAAAACACUUUUAGAAAAGCCUGGCGAGAAGGUGCUUAGUCCUGUCAAAGAUGACAAGGUAAAACCACUAUUUGAAAAACCAGACGAGAAGGCUCCUAGCCCGGAUAAAUCGGAGGAGGUAAAACCAUCAUUGGAAAAGUCAGACGAGAAGGCUCCUAGCCCAGAUAAAGUGGAUAAGGUAAAACCAUCACUCGAAAAGGCAGAAGACAAGGUGCCUACCCCAGACAAAGAUGACAAGGCCAAACCACUUUUAGAAAAACCAGACGAGAAGCCUUCAAGCCCCGAUAAAGUGGAUGAGGUAAAAUCGACAUUGGAAAAGUCAGCUGAGGAGGCACCUAGUCCAGUUAAAGAAGAUAAAGAAAAACUAGAUCUUGCAAAGCCAGAAGAGAAACUAUAUAGCCCUGUCAAAGAUGACAAGGCGAAACUACUGUUAGAAAAGCCAGACGAGAAGGCUCCUAGCUCGAUUGAAGAAGAAGAGUUAAAGCUAUCAUUGGAAAAACCAGAAGAGAAGGCAGCAAGUCCAGUUAAAGAAGAUAAAGAAAAAUUCGAUCACGUGAAGCCGGGAGAAAAGAUGCCUAGCUCUGUCAAAGAUGAGAAGGAUAAACCACUUUUAGAAAAGCCAGGCGAGAAGACACCAAGUCCUGUUAUAGAAGACAAAGAAAAACUGGAUCUCGGAAAGCUAAAAGAGAAGUUGCCUAGUCCUCUCAAAGAUAACCAGGUGAAACCUCUUUUAGAAAAGCCCGACCAGGAAACUCCGAGUCCAAUUUCGGAAGACACUGAAAAAGUUGAUCUUGAUGAGCUAGAGAAGAUUAUUCCUAGCGCUGUCAAAGAUGACAAGUUGGCACCCCUUUCAGAAAAACCAGACGAGAAGUCGCCCAGUCACGUAAAAGAAGACAAAGUAAAAUCAUUAUUUGAAAAACCAGAUGAGAAAAUACCAAGCCCAAUUAAAGACGACAAAGAAAAACCCAUUCAUGAAAUGCCUGACAUGAAGGCUCCUAGUCCUAUUAGAGAAGUUGAGGUUAAACCUGAUCUUGAAAAGCCUUUGGAGAAAGGUUCUAGCCCCGUCAAAGAUGACGUGGUGGAACUGCUUUUGGAAAAGCCAGAAGAGUUGGCACCAAGCCCUGUUAAAGAAGGUGAUGAAAAACCUGUUCUCGAAACGCAAGAGAAAAAGGUGAUUAGCCCUGUCAAAGAUCACAAGUUCGAAACACUUUUAGAAAAGCUAGACGAGAAGAUGCCUAGCCCCAUUAAAGAGGUCGAAGUAAAACGAUCAUUCCAAAAGCUAGAUGAAAAAAUACCAAGCCCAGUCAAAGUAGACCAAGAAAAACCCGUUCUUGAAAAACCCGAAGAGAAGGCACAAAGUCCGGUUAAAGGAGACAAAGAAAAACCUGUACUUAAAAAGCCAGACGUGAAAGCUCAUAGUCCCGUCAGAGAAGACACGAUAAAUCUCGUUCUUGAAAAGCCUGUGGAGAAGAUUCCUAGCCACGUCAAAGAUGACAAGGUAGAACAACUUUUAGUAAAGCUAGACGAGAAGAUGCCUAGCCCCAUUAAAGAGGUUGAAGUGAAACCAUCAUUCGAAAAGCCAGAUGAGAAAGCUCCAAGCACAGUUAAAGUAGACGACGAAAAACCUGUUCUUGAAAGAUCAGAAGAGAAGGUGCCUAGCCCUGUCAAAGAUGAGAAUUUGGCAUCUAUAUUUUUAAAACCGCAUGAGAAGGCACCAAGCCUUGAUAAAGAAGACAAAUCAAAACUCGUCAAAGACAAACCCUAUGAUCAUAUUCUUGAUACCGGCAAAGAUACAGAAGAACUCGUUCAGGAUAAGCCUAUUUCUAUGAAGGAAGACAAGGACGAUUUAUGUUCUAAGGAAUUUCCAAUAAUUGAUGAAACUUCAGUUACUGAAGACAAACAGGAGAAAACUAUUGUUGUUAAUGGCAAAAGUAUUUUACAAAUUCUUACCAUAACUACAACCAAACAAAUUGUAUCAAAUGAAACCAGAUCAAAAAGAAAAUUAAGGACUACAGUCGUAACUGUUACGGAAUCAUUUUUGCCUGAUGGUCUUACAGAAAAAACAAAGGAUAUUAAGGUCUAUUUUUCUGAUUACGCAUCCGAUAAUGACGGUAAUAUUUUUGAAAUUAGUGAACCAAUCAUUAAAACUGAUCCUGAAUCAAAAACUGAUAAUAAACUCAAAACUAUGAUGUUAUAUGAGGAUCAGUUUACUGUUGAAGGUGCAGGCGAGAAAGCAAUGAAACAGUUUAAAGAAGAUAUUCAAGGCGUCACAGUCGAAACGACAGAUGUUAAAGAUCUCGAAUAUGAUUCGGAAGACAACAUUCCUGAAGGAUUUAAUUUAACAGAAAAACCCCUUAAGUUUACAACUGUUAAUGUGGAAUAUUUAACAGAAAAUAAUGUUAAAAUAAGUAGAAAAACUACUAAAACUACUAUAGUCCAAACUUUAAGUAAUCAUCAUGAUAAUACAAAGAGAAUUAGAACUAUCACAAUUAUAACAAUUGAAGAUGAAUUUCCCGAUGGAACAAUUACAACUAAGACUAGCAAAGAAAUUACGCAAGUUGAUGAAAUUUUAAAUGAGAGUGACACCUCGCUUGAGGCGACGCAAAAAGAGACCACGUGUGACUCAGAAGAAUUUGAAUUUUCAGAAGAGCCAGUAGAAGAAACUUCUUCACAAGUUGAUAGUAUUUUAGAAAAUGGCAUAACAAUUAAAAGGAAAAUCAUAGUUUCGAAAACAAUUCAAUCUUUCUAUAAUUUAUACAAAAAAAUUAAACGUACCAAAACUACUAUUAGAACGACUAUUGAGGACGAACUACCUGAUGGUAACAUUAUUAUUAAAACUAGUGAAAAUAUCUCGUCUGUGGAUGAAAUUGCCGAUGAUAAAUACUUAAAUGAAAAACUAAGUAAGCAUAAAAAAAAAGAAGACAAUAUAUUAACAAAAGAAUUGAAGAAGUACGAAGAAAAGGAUGUAGAUGAACAAGAAAUUAUUAAAAUUAAUGGUGAAUCUUCAAGCGUAGUGGCGACAAUUAGUCAAACUGGUGCUAGCGAAAAACCUCCUUUUAUUAAAAAAGAAACAUCUGCAUCGGAUAAAAAUAAUCUUAAGUUAAUAUCUGAAAUCAAAGACAGUCAUGACGAAAUGAAUAAGUCUCUGAAAUCUCAGUCAAUAAAUAAAUUUGUUAAAGAAACGGAACAAAUGCUUCAUGAAGAAAGGUUAAGACAUGAAACUGAAUUAAAAGGAAGUUCCGAAACUCAUUCCAAAAAUUUCAGCGAUGAGAUAGACAAAGAAAAUAUGUUACAAGCAUUGGUACACAGCAGUUCUGAAGAUGUUUCUAAAGAAAUUAGCUUAGAAGAAAAAUAUUCAUAUGAAAGCACUGAAAAAACUGAAAAAUCAAUAGCAAGUACAGAAAAAAAAGGCCUGUUUGAUAAAAAGUUAUCAUCAACUUCAAAAGAAACUAAAACGCAAAAGGUCAGUGCAACAACAGCUGAAGAGGUUGCGGAUAUGCAUACUGCUGAUGUAACUGUUAAAGAUGAAAUACUACUAUCUGAUGCUUCUGAUUCUGGGGUACAUAGUAUCCAAUUUGAUACAGACACAACUUUAUCUACAGCCGAUCGUCCUACUCAUACACUUACAGAAAAUGCAAAGCAUCUACUGGAAUCUAUACACAAAGCAUUUAGCGAUGAAACUGUACAUCAGGGUAUUAAAUCGGAAGGCGUAGAAUCUCUUACGGUCUAUCCUGAAUUUGAUAGAGUAUCUACACCGCCAACUGUCCCUGUUAGCCCAUUACCAAAAAUACCAAGUAGUUUUCAAGACAUUAAGAUUAGUGAUGGUGUUCAAAGUGAAGUAUCAUAUGAUAAAUCUGAUGGUAACGAAGAAACCAUAACUAAGAUCGUACAUGUAGGUGAUGAUGUUCUUACGCAGAAAAUAUCUACAUCUACUGAAAAAGUACCGAAAACUAUUAAAAAUGACAUUGAAGACGAUGGAGAUUCGGAUAUUUUGAAUUUAAUGCAAACAAUUGGCAAGAUCAAAACAGAAACUGAUACUGUCACAAAAAUUAUAAAAGAGGGUGAAAAUGUUGUUACUCAAACAAUAACGACAGUGACAACAAAGGAAAUAAUUUCAAAAGAAGACGGCACUCCUCAAAAUAUUAAAACAACGAUAGAAACUACCACACUCAGUAAAAGCUCAGAUGGCUCUACAACCACUACCAAAGAUACGCAGACGUUAUUAUCAGAAUGUUCUUCCAGCCUUAAGUCUACCUCACUCAUGGAUUUAUAUGCAAAAGAUAAAAAAAUUGACAAAUUCUACCUCGAUACAAGUGAUCAAAAGACUGAAAGUAGUACUAGUAGCCAUAUAAAAGAUAGUACUGAUAAAAUAACUAAAAUGUCUUCCAGUAAAAGUAAAAUUACCAAAAAAGAAGAUACCAUGCUCAAACUUGAUUUAUCUGAAGAAUCGGAUGAUGCAGAGGAAAAUGUUGAAGAUACAGUAAUUGACACUGACGUUAGUAAGCGAGUAAUUAAAGAAAAUAAUGUGGACAUUGUUGAAACUAUUACAACUACCACAAAGAAAGAAACUAUAAAAAUCAGUGAUACAGAAAAAAAUUUAAAGACAACUAUUGAAAUAACCACGACAAAAGAAUAUCCUGAUGGUUCUAAAGAUGUUCAAAAGUCUGUAGAAGUUAAAACAGAGCAAUUAGUUUCUGGUUCGAGCAGUAACAUUGAUAGGUUAUUAAAUGAAUAUAUUACUAUAGGUGAACCUGAAGAAAGUUUAUCAACUGAAACAGAGGAAUUGGUAAUUAAAAACGUUAUUAUUAAGCGUACAACUUUAACAAAGAUUGUUAAAACAAAAUAUGCUGAUAAUUACGGAAUUUUAAAAAAAAUAAAGAUGGAAACUACUGUAACGAUCACUGAUGACUACCCAGAUGGAUCUUCUCAAACAAAAGUUGAUUGUUGUACGACUUUAAUUGACGUGGAAGAUAAAAAUGUGAUUGAAGCAACAGAACUUAAUGAUUACACGGUAAUAGAAGAAAAAACAGUAGAUGUUGAUAAGCAGGAAAAGGAUGUCGUUCUUGAAGGAAAAACGAUUCAUCAGAUCAUUACGACAACCACGAUAAGAGAAAUUUUGACAACAAGUGAUAAAUUAAAGAAAAAGGUUAAAACUACUAUAGAAACAGUAACUCAAUCUACAUUACCAAACGGGGAAGUAGAAAUCACCAAGGAAUCUAAGGUAAAGAUAUCAGAUCAUACUACCGAACCUGAAGAUGAAAUACCUGAAGGGUUUGAAUCUGGUGGGAAGCCUAAUGAAGAAAUAACCGAAAAUGUGGAAGUCAUUAAUGAAAAUGGUGUUCAAAUCAAAAGAAAAACAAGAAUUGCUAAUCUUAGUCAAGAGUAUCUCAAUAAAUCGAAGAAUGUUAAACGAAUUAAGCUAACCACUAAAACAAUAAUUGAAGAUGAAUAUCCUGAUGGAUCUGUUAUUACAAAAACUAGUGAAAAAAUUUCAGUCGUAGAUGAUGUUCUCCACUCACCUCGUGUAAGCGAUAGCCAGAGUACACAUACAAAAUUGACAACUGAACAAGUUUUAUCUAGUCCUGUAUAUGAAGACAAUAGUGAUACAGUGGAGGAAGUGUUACAAAAUCUUAUUGUGAUAGGUGAUCCACUAGAAAAUGAAUACAGCGAAGAAAAAUAUAUUAAACAUGAUGAUCUAGUUAUACAAAGAAUUAUUUUAACUAAAAUCGUUAAAACAAAUUAUGCAGAUACUAAUAAAACUGUAAAAAAAAUCAAGACUGUCACAACUGUUACUACUACUGAUAAGUACCCAGAUGGAUCCUCACGCAUAAGCGUAGACAAAAGACAGUCAAUAACAGAUGUUGAUGGUGACGAUUCAUUACAAUCUGAAGAAUUAAAACAAUUUUCCGAAUUAUUAGAUAAAACAGUUAAUAUUGAUAACCAACAAAAGACUAUUACCAGAGAUGGUAUUAAAGUUAACCAAUUAAUUAAUAUUACGACUACAAAAGAAAUAUUAUCCACAAAAGAUAAUGCAAAAAAAAUAAUUAAAACAACUAUUGAAACUAUAACAGAAACGAAAUUACCGAAUGGAACAACUGAAAUAACUAAGGAUGUCAAAAUUACUGUAUCUGAUUAUGAAAGUGACUCUUUUGAUGAAAACUUUAUAGGCUAUACGCAACUGGGAGAACCAAAUAUACAAACUAAUUCACAAAUUGAACAAAUAAUUGAAGGCGACAAAAUAAUAAAUAGAAAAACUAUCGUUACUACAAUUCGGGAAGAAUUUGAAAACGUUGAAAUAAGAUCAAAAAAAGUUAAGACAACUGUAAAAACAACCAUCGAAGAUGAAUAUCCCGAUGGAACUGUGAUUACCAAGAAGAGUGAGAAAGUGUCUAUUGCUGAUUUUCUGUUAACUGUUCCUCUGGUUGAUGAUGGAAAAGAACCACCAGAAUCAUAUAUUGGUGAGAGCGAAAUAGUUGAAGACACGUCUGAAGAUUCUGUUGUGAAAAAUGAGAUAGUCAAAAAGGAUGACAUAGAAAUAAAUCGCACUAUAACAACAAAAACAAAACGUGAAAUUUUAGCUAGCUCUGAUAAAGACAUUGAACGAGUUAGAACUACAAUAGAAACAAUUACAGAUGAUGAAUAUCCUAAUGGUUUAAUUGAAACAACUAAAGAUAUAAAAAUAACAAUAUCCGAAUCGCAGAAAACUUAUGACAGUGAUUUACAAGCUGCAUUACGGGGUCUUAAGCCAACUGGCAAAGUAAAAUCAUCAGUCGAUAAAAAAGCAAACGUUAUUUUUACAGAUGAAGCAAAAAAAAUUAAUCAAACUAUAACAACAUAUGUGACUAAGGAAGAAAUGAUUAAUACAGAAAAGAACCAGAUAGCGGUUAAAACAGUAACUGAAACUGUCACAGAAAAUUCAAAUGAAGAUGGUACAACACAGAUAACUAAUGAUAUAAGUACUCAAGUAACAUACCUCCCCAUGGGAACAGCUCUUGAGGAUUGGUCUCCAGAAGAAUUAGAAGAAAUCGAAAAACAAUCGUUAUCUCGAAGUAGUGGCGCGAUGCUUAACACAGAUGAAAAACCAACUAUUAACGAAUUGCCUUUACAAUCAAAAAUUGAACCACAACUUGAAACUAAGCCAAAGAAGCGAUCACCUGUAGGAGAAAUAACCACUGAAACAGAUACUUUUACUAAAAUAAUAAAAGAAGGUGAUAAUGAAAUCACUCAAACUAUUACUGUAGUUACUACUAAAGAAGUUAUAACUCCAGAGAAAAUCAAGGUUACUGUUGAGACUACUACAGUUAGUAAAGGAAGUGACGGUAUUACAAAAACCACAAAAUCAACCAAAACAACAAUAUCGGAGAUAAAAGAAGAAUAUGAAGAAAUCAUCGACACAGGUGAAAGCGAAAAAUCAUUUUCUAAAUUAUCGUCUAAAACUAGUGAUAUGCGAAGCUCAUCCGCUGCAAGUGACGAUUUAGAUCAUCCUGGUAUAUCAUCACCACCCUCCGAUAUUAGUUCAAGAGAAUCACGAGCCGCUACACACAUUUGGGGAACUGAGAGUAGUGGAAUGUAUUACAGUGACGAUGAUGGCCAAGCAAGUCCAAGUAGUACAAAAUCUCAAAUAGCACAUUCGCCAAGGUCAAAUUUAAGUUUUGAGCUAGACACAAAAUUGUCACAGCACAAAGAACAUGAUUUACUAAUGACAAGAACAGGUUUUGAUCCAAUGUCUACGUCAAUUUACGGACAAUUGCCUGAUGAUGAUUCUUGUACAUAUUCAACACAUUCCGAUGAAAAGACUGAAAUACAUUUUAUAGGUAAGUCAGAAACUAAAUUAUCUGAGGUAUUAUUUUCAACAAAAGAAACUAGCUCAGACGCGUCGUUUUUAAAAGAAGCAGAUGAACAAUUUGAGAAAGCGAUCGAAGAGCAUAAAAAAGUCAGCGGUUCAGAAGUCAUAUCUAGCGUGACAGGGAAAUAUAAACUUGAUCAGCAUGAUUUCUCUAGCACUAGCCAUCAAGAAUGUCAACAAGAAACGACUUCUUUAACUCUUAAAGAUAUAAAAACUGAUUCGAAAAAAGUUACACAUAUAAGCUCUUCAUCAAGUAGUAGCAAAGAUGAAACUAAAGUAGAAAAAAUUGUACAUACUGAGUCUAGCAGCGUUUUAAAAGAUCCUAUAGAGUCUUGGGGUAAGCCGCUUGGCCUACCAAGUCCUAUCUUACCGCCUAAUCAGACAGAUGGCAAAAACACGCCGAAAAAACAAAUGAGUUCAACGGUGGCAAAUAAAAACAAAAUUAAUCAAGAAAAAAGUAAAGAAGCAAAAAGAGCAUCCGAAUCUCCAAGUAAGAAAAAAGCUCCAACACCUAUUUACAUGGAUUUAACGUACGUUCCUCAUCAUGGUAAUUCGUACUAUUCUGCUAUUGAAUUCUUCAAAAGAGUUCGAGCCCGAUAUUAUGUAUUUUCUGGAACGGAACCGUCUAAAGAAAUUUAUAACGCUCUCCUAGACGCUAAGAAAACAUGGGAAAAUAAAGAUUUAGAAGUCACAAUUAUUCCCACAUACGACACUGACGUUCUUGGUUACUGGGUUACCGAAAACGAGGAAGCACUCGAAAAACACAAGAUCGACUUGUCGCCGUCCGCUUCCCGCUGUACGAUUAACUUGCAAGACCACGAGACCUCAUGUGCGGCGUAUCGGCUUGAAUUCUAGGUGUCGGGUCUAUUUGUAGCCUUCUCAUCGAAGAAGUGAUCCACUUUAUAAAAUUAGGUACUUUUGAAUGGGGAACCAAAGAGACAUUUAUUGUUGUAGGAAAUUAAGGCUGUGAUAAAGAACGGAGCAUUCAAAAGCAUCUACUUAAAGGACACUACUCCGUAUGAGAUCGUUUGCAAAUAGAUGCAGUAAAGACUAUGUGAUAUUAUUAUGCAGUUUAAAACCAACCCAUAGAAGUUUAAUGAAGUGUAUAGUGUUCAAACGGCCAAGUGACGAUCCUGAAAUUAUAAAGUCCUUAACCGCAUCCAACACGAAUGUCAAUAACCAAAUUUUCGACCUAAAACAGAAACGUCCAUUUUUUUCUAAAACUGUUUUCUAGUAGCGUCAUUGACAAAAAUAGGACAUGCCAUUUAAAAUAUUUUUCUGACGAUAUUUUUAAAUUUGGUCUUAUACAAUCAGUAGUGCUUUUAUACACGAUUUUUAGCGAAACCAGUCCAUUUUGUUUAGCCAAAAACACCGCUUGUGCGAAAUAUCUAAAUUUUUUAAAAUAAAAUUAUUUUGCUAAAGCAUUGACUUCUUAAUAGGACGUAUUAUUAAAUAUUGUAUACGUAUUGCAUAUUCUUUUAGCUAUUCGCUUUAUAACGGACGUGAUAUUUGAAAUAAAUCCAGUUCUAAUUAAUAAACGAUAAAAAAGGACGAGUAUAAAAUUCAUCUGAAUUACACGAAAGGUUUUGUAAGGUGAUUGAAAUAUAUAUUUGAAGAGUAUAUUUUACUAAUUGUCUUAAAAAGACGCUUCUGAAACGUCACACGACGAGCUAGUGCUGCUUGCACUAAUUACGUAAUAUUAUUAGAAUUGACGUCAUUAUGUUCAAUAUUGAUCUAGAAGACAAAGAUAGUUGUCAUACUGAGCAUAGACGACUACUGGAAGGAUUGGAAAAAGUAGUAUCCUCAAUACUUUUUACAAUUCAAAUCGAGUGUCGUGUAUUGGGACCUUUAAGAAAAUGUACAUAGACAUUUGAAAUUAUAAAAGGUGCAUCGGUGGGAUUUAUUAAAUGUUGCCUGCGUUUAAUAUUGUCCUACUUGUACCGUUGUUCAUUAUAUAUUGUCCCAAUGAGAUACAGCUAUUUGUCUAUCUAGAUAAUCGAUCAGCCUAAGAUGAUAGAGAGCUUACUCCAUAUUAAUAUAAAUGUUUUAUUAGAAUUAUUAAUACAAAUAAAACAAUAUAUUUACCUUUGUUUUAAGUUGAUAUCUGCUUGUUGCGAUGACUAUGAUAUAUUUUAAGUGAGUGUUGUUUAAAUUGAACUCAUUUCAUGUACAGACGACAGAAUUAUUACAGAAUCUCUGAUUUUACUAUUGUUUGGCAAUAAUCAUUUUUGGUACAUGUUUGUUGAAUAGUUUAAAUUUCUAGUCGAUUCCAACCCAAAAACUUGUGAAUGCCUAUUAGUAUUAUAUGUUCCUAUGACAAUUGAUUUAUAUAUUUUUUUUAUCUUUUGUUUCGACUUAAUGUCACUAAUCUACGUGUAUAGACUUUCCCUUUAGAUGGAUAUUUGUUUAAAAAUUACCGUUUUAUUCGAGUUGUGUGAGAGAAUGUGAUAUUUAUAAAAAAUCAUCAAAUUUUACCAUCUAGUCUAGUGGAUAAGCUGUAAGAAAACUUUCCUUGGAUUAAAAAAAUUCCUCCUUUCAUUUGCCUAUUCAAGUGAAGAUUUUGAGUCAAUUAAUUUUAAGUCAUUCAUAGAAAUAAGCCGACUAAGCCUGUCAUCGCUUACUUUGCCAAACUUAAUAACUAUAACUAAAAAUAGUGAAAAUGAUUCUGUAUAAUUGAUGGCACCAGCACAAUGUAAUAACAUAAAUAAAUAAAAAAAUGCAUUAAAACAAAUACAUAAAUUAUGGAAUACAAUAUAUUUAUUUUAUAUGUAACGAUAUUGUGAGACCGAAUGUGAAAUUACUUUAUAGUUGUAUAAUGUUUAUUAUUAUUGAUAUUAAUGUGUUUGAGUUGAGUGUUAGUUGGUGUGAGCACAACAAUUAUGUUAUCUGUUAUGUGGAAUGCUUAUAACAGUUGUGAAUGGGACGAAACAGGGAGAUGAAUCUUGUUUAAAGUCUAAAUAUAUUUGAUUCAUAAUUGAUGCAUUUUCAAAGACUUCUUAACUCGUUUUUAAUGGUGCAUGCUUUAUUUAAAUCUAAGCUUUCGCUCUUACAGUAUAAUUAAGAAUUACUUUAUCUGCUGUUGUAUUAGACAGUUUUGUAUCUUCAGUUUGAUAAGAUUUUUUUAUUUCUAUCCAAGUCUCGUUGACGAUGCAUCAAUCUUGGACCAUUUGCUUUUUGAGUGUUAGGGGUGUCUUUCUUGGCUUUCUAAUCUUAGCCAGCGACCACAUUUGCUGGAACUAAAGCCUAACCCAAAAAUUUACUAUUGUAUGGAAUAGCUAGAACUCUAAUUAAUGCAUAUUAUAUUAGGAAUAUUAAAAUGUUAUUAAAAUAAGAAUUGUAUCAGCUUAGUGAACAUCAAUAGCUCUGAGAAAUAAAUCAUUAUUAAAAUUAUUAAAUGUAGUAUUCUUGAUAUCACGAAAGCUUAUGUUAACUCUACUAAAUGUUGAAAUUAAAAGAGAUGAAAUUUAAAAAAAAUCCGUUGAAAAUUGGACGUUUGUUUUGAAUUUCAUUAAAUUUUAGAUUUAUGUGUAAUCUAAUUGAUUCGAUCGGCUUAAAUCGUUUUAAUCCCGAUAUAUUAGUGCUACUGAAUUUAAAAUUGAGAAAAGGCUAUACGGGAGUCGAACUAAAUGGAUACGGUGUGAAUAUAUUGCGUAAAUAUGUGGUGCUAACAACUGACAUGCGAUGUUGUACUGUUUAUAAUAUAACCAAAAUAAAUCACGAUUUAAUUAUAUUAGUACUAAAUUAUAUAUUACAUUUGCUUAAUAUCUUAGUUCGCGAUUUAUUCUGGGAUUAUGGACACGCUUGAUGGCAAGAGACUGAUUAAUUGUUUUGGUGAAAAUUAUAUAUUUUGCAUUGUUUUUAAAAUUGAUUAUGAUUUACAGUUUAGUUUAUAGAUACUUAAUAAUUUGAAUAAUGAUGUAAUCUUUUCGUGGACUUUAGGUAUUUGUAACGAUUACUGUAUUAUGUAAAUUAAUAUUAAAAAUUAAAAACCAAUCAUUGUAUCAGUCAUGUCGCUAUUUCCCAUUCGGCGUGUUUGGUGUGAGAAUCAUUAAGGUAAUAAAAAAUAUUUCAAAAUGUUA